CCGUAAUUGGCUCGCUGACCGCUGUGACGUUAGACUAGACCAGGUCCAGAAUGAAUAAAGCAACCACAAAAAAGAAAAAAGAAAAAUAGCGCAGAUCCAAUCCUAUAGAGAGCCGCUGCUGCUGCUUCUUCUUCUUUUUCCUCCCUUGAGUUUAACGAUCAGACAGAAAUGGCCGGUCGCGGCAAAGCGUUGGGAUCCGCAGCUUCUAAGAAGGCGCAAUCCAGAAGUAGUAAGGCCGGAUUACAAUUUCCUGUUGGUCGUAUUGCUAGGUUUUUGAAGGCCGGUAAGUAUGCAGAGCGAGUUGGUGCCGGAUCCCCAGUUUAUCUUGCUGCAGUUCUCGAGUAUUUGGCUGCCGAGGUUCUUGAAUUGGCCGGAAACGCUGCCAGAGAUAACAAAAAGACCAGGAUUGUUCCACGACACAUUCAACUUGCUGUAAGAAACGAUGAAGAACUCAGUAAGCUCCUUGGCGAUGUCACAAUCGCUAACGGCGGUGUCAUGCCUAACAUUCACAAUCUUCUUCUCCCAAAGAAGGCCGGCGGCUCAUCAAAGGCUGCUGCUGCUGCCGCGGAUGACGAGUAGUAAUCAAUCCAUUCAUGAAGGGUUGGUUGUAUUUUGCAGAGAAAAUUAUAUAUAUCAUCCUGGCCACCACCAUGUUACUGAUUCUAUUACUGUUUUAUGUUUCUCUUUCCUUAAUUAGCUGUUAUCUGAAAUAUUAGAAAUAGAAUUGUCCACUUUCAACCUCAA